AUGGCGCCCAGCGGCGAUGUAAUGGGGGCGGCCGAAGACCUGGCCGAUCAGUUCUUGCGUGUGACAAAGCACUACCUACCUCAUCUGGCUCACCUCUGCCUGAUUAGCACCUUCUUGGAGGAUGGCAUCAGGAUGUGGUUCCAGUGGAAUGAGCAACGAGACUACAUCAACAUAUCAUGGGGAAGCGGUGCACUCUUAGCCACACUUUUUGUAUUAAUCAACAUGUGUGGGCAGCUAGCUGGGUGUGUGCUUGUUCUCGCCAGAAAGUUCGUCCCUUACGCAUGCUUUGGCCUGUUUGGAAUCGUUUUCAUGCAGACAAUUGCCUACAGUAUUUUAUGGGACCUCAAGUUCUUGAUGAGGAAUUUGGCUCUCGGAGGUGGACUGCUCCUGCUACUUGCAGAAUCUCGUUCUGAGGGGAAGUCCAUGUUUGCUGGAGUCCCUACCAUGGACGAUAUCUCGCCACGGCAGUACAUGCAGCUUGGUGGGCGCUUGCUCCUGGUUCUCAUGUUCAUGACACUCCUACACUUCGAACUUGGCGCCUUCACUAUUUUCCAGGACAUCUUUGGCAUGGCGCUUAUCAUUUUGGUAGCCAUUGGCUUCAAGACCAAGCUUGCUGCUCUUACCCUAGUCAUCUGGCUUUUCAUCAUCAACCUGAUCCAGAAUGCCUUCUGGAGCGUCCCCACUUACAGGCCUCUCCACGAUUUUCUCAAAUAUGACUUUUUCCAGACCAUGUCUGUCAUAGGUGGCCUGCUGCUUGUUGUGGCGUUGGGACCUGGGGGGGUUUCCAUGGAUGAACACAAGAAAAAGUGGUAAAGAUGGACUCUAAACAGAGCUCUGUGUGUGGGUGGGAAAGGGAGGGAAGGGGACAAAGUACAGCUUUUACAAACCUGUGUAGAAUUUGUUUCUCCCUUGAUUGAUUCUCUUGCAGUUUAUCAUAGUUCACGGUUGCCUUAUCAGGGUAGAAAAGCCUUUGCCUUCUAUCCUGUUUGAGACAUGUAAAUUAAAGUCAAAUUAUAUAUAUGUAUGUAUGUAUGUAUAUUGAUUUACUGAACUUUUAUACUUAUCCUUUGAGACCCCAUGGUUUUCUGGAGCACUGUGACAUAUUGCCUUGUGAGAGGCCAGGAUUAAAAAGUGGUUUUCUGGUA